AUCAUCUGCCUGGACCUGGCAGAGGAGAUGGCUCUGCCCAAACUGGAGUCCUUCAAUGGGUCCAAGACCAACGCCCUGAACAUCUCCCAGAAGAUGAUCGAGAUGUUUGUGAGGACAAAGCACAAGAUCGACAAAUGCCAUGAGUUUGCACUGGUGGUGGUCAACAACGACGCCACGUGGCUCUCAGGGUUCACCUCGGACCCCCGCGAGGUCUGCAGCUGCCUCUAUGACCUGGAGACUGUCGUCUGCAAGUCCUUCAAUCUGGAAGGGCUCUUCAACCUGAUCCAGCAGAAGAUCGAGCUGCCGGUGACGGAGAACGUGCAGACCAUCCCGCCCCCCUAUGUGGUCCGCACCAUCUUGGUUUUUGGCCGCCUGGGCUGCCAGCCCCAGUUCUCCAUGUCAGAGCACAUGAAGAAGAUGCUGCAGUGCCCCUACUUCUUCUUCGACGUGGUCUACAUCCACAACGGGCUGGAGGAGAAGGACGAGGAGACGAGCUGGAAGGAGAUGUAUGCCUUCUUCAGCAGCCUGGACACCAAAGGCACGAACUACAAGUAUGAGGUGGGGCUGGCAGGGCCGGCACUGGAGCUGCACAACUGCAUGGCCAAGCUGCUGGCGCACCCCCUGCAGCGCCCCUUCCAGAGCCACGCGGCCUAUGGGCUGCUGGGGGAUGACGACCUCCCCGAGAGCGAGGCCACUGUCUGA